GGUAAGGGUGAUGUUGGUGUUGCCCACCUUGAUGUGAUUGGCAGACUGGCGAGCGAUGAUUGAUGUCUUCUUCUCGAGCAUAGAAGGGCUUCCGUUUUAUCAUCGUUGAGUUUAAGUUUGUUUACAUCCAGUCCUUAUACAGCUUCUGUAUGGUGCUGGUAGCAAAGUGACUCAGCCGGUGGAGUGGAGCAGGACAGUUGCAUAUCGUCAGCAUAUGAUUGAUGAGAAACAUGUAAACAAAUCGUCCUGGAAACAGCUCUAGCAGAGGACGCAGUCUACUUAGUCGGGACGCAAGUUCAAAGAAACCUUCUUACCUCACUCCGCGGUUCCAGAAAGUCAGAACUAAAAUGCCAGGAAUGCUGGACAAGGUGGUGAUAGGAGCAGCAGGUGCUGCAGGUGUGGGAGUAGUUGCCUGGCAGACAACAUUCCCAUGGAUCAAGUAUGAUAUUCAGCUCAUGAAGUUAGGGAAGCGUAUGAAUAAAAUGCGCCAGGAAUCCAUGAAAAGCUUCUUGAUUGACAAAUUUGAGACCCAUGCAGACAAGCAGCCCAAGAAGGCAAUGCUCAUUUUUGAGGACUCUGUGUAUACUUAUGAGUUUAUGGAGCUCCAGGCCAACCGUGUGGCCAAUGCAGUACGAUGUCUUGGACUCGGCUUUGGUGACACAGUCGCCAUGAUGAUCCACAAUGAGCCAGCUUUUAUAUGGACAUUUUUGGGAAUGCAGAAGCUUGGGAUCUCAGUGGCAUUCAUCAACUUCAAUCUAAGCACAAAACCCUUGAUACAUUCCAUAUUAGCAUCGGAUCCCAAAGCUUUCUUUGUUGGACAUGGGUUUGACCUGCUUCAUGCAGUCAGUGAUGUACUGGAUGACCUACAGGGUCUCCCCAUUUACAUCCAGGGGUGUACUGGACAUGAGGUGCCACUGGGAAUGAAUGAUUUUGAUUCUCUUAUGGCACAGUCUUUACCUGUGAGGACUGAUCGAAGUGUGAGAAAAAACUUGAACAAGGAGUCUAUUCUUUGCUACAUCUACACGUCAGGAACAACGGGUCUUCCAAAGCCGGUAUAUAUCCGUCAUAGCAAGAGCUUUGGUGUAUCAGUUAUGAUGCAAGCAGUCAACUUUUCAACAGAAGAUAUUUUGUACACAUGCCUUCCUUUGUACCAUGGUGCCGGUGGUGCCAUUGGUCUGUUUGGUGUUAUAGAGAGAGGGGCCACAAUGAUUUUGGCACAAAAGUUCUCUUCAAGGCAUUUCUGGCCUGACUGCCGGAAGCAUGGUGCUACAGUGAUUCAGUACAUUGGAGAGAUCUUAAGAUAUGUGUUAACACAGCCUCCGAAUGAACUGGACUGUGUGCACAAUGUUAGGGCAGCAAUAGGAAAUGGUCUUUGCAAGGACAUUUUCAUGGCAUUCCAGGAGCGAUUCAAAAUUCCAUUUGUGUGUGAAUUCUUUGGAGCGACAGAAGGUGUGAAACUUAUCUACAACAUCGCCAACAAACCUGGGGCCGUUGGACGACUGUCCCCACUAUUGAGUAAAAUUGAGCCAUUCCCCAAUGUGUUGGUCAAGUUUGAUUAUGCCACAGCUCAACCAAUCAGAGAUAAAAAUGGACAUUGCAUUAAAGUCAAAAUUGGCGAACCUGGUCUGCUUUUGAGUAAAAUUCCAGAUGAGAUGCGCCAAGGAAAGGAUACUGUAAGAUUAUACAAAGCAUCAGAUGAAGCCAAUGAAAAAAAGCUUGUUAGGAAUGCUUUUGCUGAUGGUGAUUUAUAUUUUAACUUUGGGGAUGUGUUAUACCUAGACAAGGACUACUUCUUGUACUUCCACGACAGAAUCGGUGACACAUUCAGAUGGAAAGGGGAAAACGUAUCCACAACAGAGGUGUCAAAUGUUCUAUGCUUACUUCCUUUCAUCAGCGAUGCUAAUGUGUAUGGUGUUCAAGUACCAGGUCAUGAUGGGCGUGCAGGAAUGGCUGCAAUCACUCUCAAAGAAGGUGAUAACAUAACAGAGGCACAGCUGAAGCAGCUGUACCAGCUGUGUGAAGAUGACCUGGCAAGCUAUGCUCGCCCAUUAUUCUUGCGUAUUUUAAGCCAGUCAGUCCUGACAGGCACCUUUAAACAUCAGAAAUACGACCUUGUCCAAGAAGGUUAUGACCUAAUAAAGGUCACAGACCCUCUAUACUACCAUAAUUCCUCAGCACAGACAUACAGCCCAUUGACUGCUGAAGUGUUGCCUACAUUUCUACAGUCACGGCUCUGAACAUGAGUUCUUCAGCCUGAUACCAGUUUAAUAUGUCUCCGAAGGUGUGAACAAGAGGAAAUGAUAAAUUAACUUUUUUUUCUUUUAUAAUCUAAGAGAAAUGGUGAAAUUAAGUUGUUAGGGAGAUAUACAGCCAAACUAAGGGACUGAUCAAUGAUGAUAAUGACGCUGAUAAAAACUUCAUUAUGAUAAUCUUGAGCUCUUGAUAAUGAUUUUACUUUUAACCAAACACAUACACAUCAUAGACUUUAAUUAAUUUUUUUGUUGCUGCAUUUUUUUAAGACUUUGCAUUCCUGCAGUGAGGGUGCUUUCAUGUUUUUGGUAAAACUGUUAUUGUGACAAAACUUCCUAUUUUGGGGACUGAAUAUUCUUUUGGAUGUUUAAUGCUCUACACAUUGUACACAUGAUCACAAUAAUCAGUUGAUAUACAGUAUAAACAGAUUGAAGGGACACACAUAGUAGAGUGGUUAGAAAGACAUCAAGUUAUUUUUCUUUAAAUCAUGUUAUUAAAAAGUUAUUUUGGAUUGUUAGGCAGAUCAUUUACACAUUACAAGCACUGUAUUUGUUAGUUCAUAGAUUAAUUUUGAUAUAAUUUUUAAUAUAUUGGUGGUUGUGGCACAGGAGCUGUUGCACUGUAUGUCAUUGGUCCAGAUGUUGGUUUUGGGACUUUUCUUUCAGUAUGUGACUCAAUUUGUUAUGAGUUGACAGUUGUGUUCUGGGUAUUUCACACACACUCCAGUUUCAUCUGCCCUGUACUUGACAGAGACAGAGAGAGAGAGACAGACAAAGAGAGAGAAAUGUACAAAAGUGGUGGUUAAGAAAAGGUCUCAUGAUUCAUUGUGGCCAGACCUUGAUAAUAAUCAGCAUACAACUAAGAGUUUUGUUUCCCUUUCAUAGGAAAUUUUUUUCUUUCGAAAUUAAGUGCAACACAUGAUCAAAAGAGGGAAAGAAACCGGCCAAGAAGAGAAAAAAAGUCUCUUGCACUUUUACGUAAAUAGGACAAAUUUGAUCUCUUUUCAUAGAAUAAUAGCACUGUGUAAGCAAUUUUUGUCCAUUAAAAAAAUUCAGUUUUUUUAUAUUUAAGCUAUUGUUUCAAAAGUCACAUAGAUUACACUUUUAGAGAGUUUAGGGGCUCAUAUUUUUAUUUUCAGUAUGAGUUAAAUGUACCUUUACAUUAGACUUUCUCUCCCUAUUUAUAAUCCCUGUUUAUUUAAGUUUAUCUGAAUAGCUGAGUUUGUUUUGUGUAGGUCAUUAAUGUUUUAGGUUUUUAUUAUUGGUUGGUGCAGAGAGUGCAACAUGAUCUUAAUGUUAAAUUAAAUGUCCUUUCUGAAUUAGUAUUUGUCAUAAAAUUAUCAGCUUGGAUUUAACUGAGCUGAGCUGCUAAAUGUUUAGUAAAAUGCUUAACAUACAAGUUGAAGUAAUUGUAAGAAUUAUUUCCCAUUACAGAUUUGUCACUCCAAAUACAUCAAGAGAAAAUCUCUUCCUUUAAGUGAAUUUUUUUACAUGCAUAUUUGUCACUAAAUUCUAGACAAUCGAUGGCAGGGA